AUUGAAUUAAUAGAACCACCAACCAAACAUGCUCUUCCAUCCAAACAGUCCUUAGCGUGCUGGGAAUUCAUUAGCCAACAACAGGCAGUCUUUUCCUAGGUUUUCUCUACACUUUGAAAGGGGCCCAAAAGGCCGGAUAAACAGUGUGAAAAUACUUCUACGGUUUUACCUCUUGGGUCUCGAUCACUUUACUCUUGCCGAUCAAAAUCGAAAAGCGAUAAAGAAAUCCGUUGAGUGAGCAGAUUCAAACUUUACUUUGAAGUUAAAUGGAUCGAGGAAAGAAAUCUAGCACGUCCCUUGCCAACAAAAACAACAGGAUCUACAUGGAUCUCAAAGAUAUUAUCAGGGAGAAUGCACUUUGUUACCUUCCUGCUAAAUCUCUUCGUCGCUGCACAGGUGUUUGUCGGGAUUGGAAGUUUCAUAUUUCAACUCCUUUCUUUGCUCACAGUCAGUCGAAUAGUUUCCGUGAUGUAUCAGGGUUCUUUUGUCAAUCCUCUUCAUCUCUGCCAUCAUUUGUUUCCCUUGACCCAAUUGCAUUUGGCGUUCCAGACCCAUCUUUGAAGUUUUUACCUGAACCAGUUGACAUCAGGUGUUCUACUAAUGGACUUCUUUGCUGCCAGGGUCAGACUGGAUACAAUGCCUACUACAUCUGUAAUCCUGUUACCAAGCAGUGGAAAAAACUUCCUAAACCUGAUGGUUACCAUGGGGCGGAUCCUGCCCUUGUUCUUGUCUUUGAGCCAACCUUACUGAAUUUUGUGGCCGAGUACACGCUGAUCUGUGCAUUUCCAUCUGACCUGGAUGGAUACGAGUUUGAGAUUUAUUCCUCAAACGAAGCAUCUUGGAGAACUUCUCGUGAGAUUUGCUUUGGCAAUCGGCAGAUUGUUCCUAGAUCAGGUGUUCAUGUUGAUGGUACUGUGUACUGGAAGUCAAUUAAUGCUGGAAUUAUUGCUUUUGAUCUUAAGACUGAGCGGUCAAAACUCCUCCCAGGCUGUAAUGCUUGUUCUUACUAUUCAUCUGGUGCAUUGGGUGAGGUGAAUAAGAAGCUUUGUUAUGCAUUCAAAAAUGGCACGAAAGUAACUUUAGCUGAGCUGUCAAAUGCCUUCACAAACACGAUGCAAAUGAACAACAAAACAAAAGCAUGGACAAUGAAAGAUGUAAGUUUAACUUUAGAUAAUGCAUGGAUCGAUGGGUGGGCUCGUCAGGGAAGUGUGCUGUUUGUUGGCGGUGAUGUUAUGGUGAUACAUUUGGGGAAAACACUUGUUCCUUACAACAUGAGAACUAAAGAGGUCAAACAAUUGACGAUUGAAGAUGUGCAUGAUUUCAGGAUGGUUCCCUAUGUGAACAGCCUUGUUGAUAUAUAGUUUAAUCUCUCCUUGCAACAAUUUGACAUUGGCCAGUGAGUUGGCAGAAACAAUCUACAUGAUGUAUCAUCAUCCUGUUUCAAGGGUUGAUAUUGAAUCUGAAAAACGACAAUCAUAGACUCAAUGCGCCAAAAAUUAGAGUUAAAGGUGAGAUAUUAUUUAUUUGUUGAUGCUGUUUCAAAUUAUGCUUCAGUUUUGUAUUCAGAGCAAGUAUACAAAAAUAUAAUUUUUGUGAAACUAUGUUACAGUUAAAAUUUUUGAAAUAGAUUAAAAAUGCAUAUUGCUUGA